UUCCUGUAUUAUACUUUCCGUAUCCCAACUUGUUCGACCUUUAACCAUAUGAGCGUGGUCUUCCAAGCCUCUCUUUUCUCCUGUUUGUUUGUCUCCAGUUUUUUUUUUCUUAUCAUUCUUUUUUCUUUAUCUUAGCACUUGGGUUUUCUUAUCAGAGAUAUUUUCCCUGCUCUAAAGGAGUAAGUUUAAUGAGAUUAGAGUAUAAAGCAAGGAUAGUUAUUUGAACUUACAUAUUUUCUAAAACUGUUAUCCAACCCAAUGACAAUGGAUAAUUGGGACCCGGAUGUCAAGAGAUGGAAUCUCCAUCUGUUAGAUGUUUGCACUCUUUCAAAUGACACGUCUCACAGUACUGUUACAAGAUAUGACCCUGAUUUUAGUAAAGUGGAAUAUGUUCGAGAAUGUUAUGUUGAGCCCAAUAAUGUGGAGAAUGAUGAAGUUAUAGCUCAUGCUUAUCAAGAGGAGUUAACAAGACUUGCUUCAACAGAGAACUCCGGACAUCCUGUUUUUGAAGAAGAUCACUUGCAACAAUCAAUUCUUGAGCAAGAUUGGCUUGGCCCUACAAAGAGACAUGAUAGCUCUGAUUUUGAGAAAUUGGAAGGACAUGAGAAUGUUUGGAAUAUGGAAAAUGGUCGUGAUAGUAACGGGAACACAGAUGUUCACCCCAACAAUGAAACUUUAGUUGAUGGUUAUACAGAAAAUAAAGCAGGGGUGGAAAUUGAUUCUAGCUUAAGGAUAAAUGAAGAGGUGGAAGAUGGGAUGGGAGCUAUCUUUACAUAUUCUCUCCCAGCAGAAAGCAAAGGAGAAAACUUAAGCAACGGGGAAGAAUGGUCAUAUGCAUUGGACAUAACAGACGAGUCUUCCCUUGAUAGUGAAGUUGGCAGGAGACUAAAUCAGAUGGUUCCUGUUCCUCAUGUUCCUAGGACUAUUGAAAAAAUUCCUUCAAUUGACGAGGAGAUAUCAGAUCACGAGAGGCUUCUAGAAAGAUUGCAGAUAUAUGAUUUGGUUGAGCGUAAGGUCCAAGGAGAUGGUAAUUGUCAGUUUCGCGCCCUAUCAGAUCAGCUUUAUCGCUCUUCUGAACACCAUGGUUUUGUUCGAGAGCAAAUCAUUCAACAGCUGAAGGGUCAUCCACAGAUGUAUGAGGGUUAUGUUCCCAUGGGUUAUGUUGACUAUCUGAAGAAAAUGAGCAAGAAUGGCGAAUGGGGUGAUCACGUUACAUUGCAGGCUGCUGCAGAUUGGUAUGGUGUGAAGAUAUUUGUGAUAACCUCUUUUAAAGAUACGUGUUACAUUGAGAUUCUUCCACAAUUACAGAAGUCCAACAGAGUUAUUUUCUUGAGCUUUUGGGCAGAGGUGCAUUACAAUUCAAUCUAUCCAGAAGGAGAGGUUCCUGUACCUUGCACAAGGAAAAAGAAGAAAUGGUGGAAUAUUAUAACUUCAUAAGCUAUGGAUGUCAUGAAGGAAGUGAGAAUCUUGUGGUGCUGCUAAGUCAAAUCAACCAUUAUUCUUUUCAUCAGCAACUGGUCUUGCAGAUAAAUAAGCAAUGGAAAACAAGAUUUCACUCGUGUACACUGAUGCUUUUUGCAUUUGUUGUAAAUAUUAUAUUCAUUUAUUUUAGAGUAAUCUUUAUAUGCUUGUGUAUAUAUGCGUAUCAUCAUUCUUUUUUACAUAUGUUUGUAGUUGCUGUACUCUUGAUUUGUCAUAACAAAAAUCUGUUGCUUUCA